AGAAACGGACAAGUUGCUGGCCAACAAAAUGUACCCCUGCAUAGAACAAUGGUUGAAAAACUGCAAUUUGACCUCAGACCCUUGCCAAAACAACGGGUACAUUGGAGCGGACUGCGCUUGCGUCUGUACUCCGGGCACCACGGGUGCCAACUGCGAGACAGUUCAAAAGGAUUACUAUGACACUCAGCGCUUCGGUUGCUCAGAGAUGAUCACAUCCGAUGCUAAUCCAGUCACGUCUCCUAAUUAUCCCAGUAAUUACCCUGUUGAUGUCAAGUGCACGAAAGUGAUAGAGGCGCCGGAAUGCCACACUGUCCAGCUCAACUUCACGGACUUCCAGAUCUAUGGCCGGAACCCCUACUGCAACAACGAGAUGUGCUGUUACUUCGAGAUUCUAGAGAUUCGGGCGACGAGCGAUCCUCUGCAGGGAGAUAUAUACUGUGACAAGGACAUCACGCCAGGAACGAUUUUCGAAUCUUCCUCAAAUAAGAUGAUACUCUACUUCGAAUCUCGAACAUACUGGCUUAAGGGAUGGUCUGCUAAUAUCAAAUUCAUACCCAUACCCGGAUGUGGUGGUCCCACACCAGAUGCUACCUGCAUACGAGAAGAUAUUAGUGCUACCGAAGUACAAUGGGCCUCUCCCCUCUUUGGACAAAGCAACUAUCCUGAUGAUAUGAAUUGUUCUCUCACUUUAACUUCUACUGAGCCAGCAUGGGCUAAAAUUACCUUCAACAGCUUCACAUUAGAAACUGGGUGUGGAGAUUACGUCUCAUUUACAAAACCUUACAACUUUGGAGAAGCAAAGCUCUGUGAUACCCAGAAUGGAGAGAUAAUGCUUCCCUCAUUCAAUUCUGUUGGGACGUUCUUCAGCAAUGCAGCUACCAACGCAGCUGGAUUCGACCUGACCGUUACCAAAAUGACCUCGAGUUGUCACAAGGUCAUCACCCUCACAAGUGGUAGUAGUUCUACUCUAGAAACUCCCUCUGUUGGUAGCAACAUGUGGACACGUAACGCUUGUGAAUGGUGGAUCACAUCCCCAGCUGGUACAAAAAUCCAGCUGAAGUCCUCAAAGUUGUUGGUCAGGAACUGUAAUUCGGAGGGAGUCCUCGUCAACCAAAAUGGAGACUCUUCUUACCCUACAGCAUCCACUAGCGCUAUCUGUGGGAGGUCUGCCAGUUUACAGACCACAAGCAAUGGAAACAAGAUGGCCGUGCUAUUUUAUAGCAACAGGGCCAGGAGCAGCAUGGUAGCAGUUGCAACUGUUGUUGCAGCCUAAGGAAUAACAAAGUGAAUAAAUGUCUUGGUCCUGUAAGGCUCUCUGCACUUUAUCAUCACAGAACAUCAAAUUCUAGUCAUCCAUGAAUAUAAAGAAAAAUUAUUCUU